AUACAUGGUUAAUUAAGAUCAUCCCUAAAGUCUUGGAAACAUAAAAUAAAUAAAAAAUUUGAUGGGCUGUUCUUGCAUGAAACCGCGAAUUCGGCGUGAAGAUCCUGCGAUUCUUGCCGAACAAACUUAUUUUAAUGUUUCUGAAAUUAAAGCAUUAUAUGAUCUCUUCAAGAAAUUAAGCAGCUCUAUGGUUAAUGAUGGGCUAAUUAGCAAAGAAGAGUUUCAGCUUGGUUUGUUUGGAAGUAGCAAGAAACGGAACCUCUUUGGCGACAGGGUGUUCGAUUUAUUUGACUCGAAAAAUGAUGGUAUGAUAGAUUUUGGAGAGUUUGUUAGAGCUUUAAGCGUUUUCCAUCCUGCAGCGACGCAACCACAAAAAGCAGCUUUUGCAUUUCGAUUAUACGAUAUAUGGCAAAGAGGCUUUAUAGAACGAGACGAGGUAAGAGAGAUGAUAUUGGAACUCCUAAGAGAGUCUGAUUUAGUUCUUUCUCAUGAUAUAAUUGAGCUAAUAAUUGAUAAGGCCAUUAAAGAAGCUGAUUUAAAAGGAGAUGGAAGGAUUGAUAGAGAGGAGUGGGAAUGUUUUGUUGCUCGAAAUCCAUCCUUACUCAAGAACAUGACAAUUCCAUAUUUGAAGGAUUUGAAUAUGCAGUUUCCUGGUUUUUAUGAAGUAGUAUCAGAAGAUAUUGAAGAUAAUGCAACAGGCAUUCUGUGAGAAAGAAAAUGUCUCCUUUAGAAGAACUAGAAUUUUUGGCUGUUAUUAUUUAUAUUUGAGCAUAUCUGGAGAAUUUAUUUGUGCUAUAAUCUAUUUCAGUUGAACACAUUACUGAACUAGAAGCUACAAUGAAUAUAAUUGAAUGAAACCAUGAAAGAGAGAAUGAGUUUCAUUAUCGAACUCAAUGUUUACAGAAUGGAGGGAAACUCCAUUUAUACAAGCAUUUCAAAUACUAAUCACAAACUAACCACUAGUUUAUUUAGCAACAAACUAUAUUAAGCUGACUAAUCUUAAUAACCAUUCUUAAACUGAGCAUGUUAAUCAUGCCAAACUUAGAAACGAAGUUAUUGAACUUGGAGAUAGGUAGAGCCUUUGCAAGUUGGUCUUGGGAUGAAAUUGGAAGAAGGCGUGACAACUCUUGUUAAACCUUUUCAUGCACAAAAUGACAAUCAAUUUCAAGAUGUUUCGUUCGUUAAUAAAAAACGGGGUUGGAAGCAAUAUGCAUUGCACUUUAGCUAUUACAAUAUAGGACAAGAGGUUUGGAGCAUGUGAUGUGAAGAUCUUUCAUCAAGAACAUCAACCAAAGUAGCUCAUAAGUGGCAAAAGAUGAUGCCAUGUAUUCGGCCUCAGAUGAAGAUCUAGAAAUAAUUGGUUGCUUCUUUGCUCUCCAAGAAAUCAAGGAGGGGCCUAGAAAGGAGCAAUACCAGAGAUUGAUCUUCUUGAAUCGAGACAUCCAACCCAAUCUACAUUCGAGCAACCAAAGGUUUGUAAUUCUGAACUGGGAUGGAAUAUGAGACCUCAUCCAUGAUUGUACUUCAAAUAUCUUACCAUUCUACAAGCUGCUUGGCAGUGAACAAUUAUGGGAUUGUGCAAGAAUUGACUGAGCUGCUGGUAGCAAAAGUUCUAUCACCCUGUAAAUGUACAUGACACCCCCAAAUUUUCUCAAUAUCCAAAAUACCCCUAUCAAUUUUUUUAGUUAAA